UUUAUAAAGAAUUUGUUUACCCUGGUGACUCAGUUAAAGCUAGAGUUAGAACUGCAAUAGGCCAAAACCAUGACAAAAUAUUAUGGAAAUCCAAGUACCAAAAAUAAUGGAGGGAAUUAAAGUCGGAUGGCACCUUCGAAUUUGAUGUUUUGAAAGGAAUAAAUCUAAACAAGCGAAUAGUAUAACCAAUGACACUGGACAGCGUUGCGUUUUUAGCCACGUUUAUAAUGAUUGGUACUACAUAUUGUUCAGUGGGGGAGAUUAUGAAUGGUGGACAGUCUGAGAGUGGUUUACCAAACAUGUGUCAGAGCCGUAGUGGUAGAAUCGAAUGUGGAUAUCGCAGAUCAAUGUAUGCAGGUAUCCGCCGACCGGCAGUUUACGACACACAUCACAAAGGACCAAUUGGUAUUCGUCGACCGCCAGUCUACGAUACGAAUCACAAUGGUAUUCAUCACCCGCCAGGCCACGACACACAAAACAACCAGGAACCCCCCACAGCCCAACCAGACUUCCCCCAAACAGACGACGAAGCUGAUGAGGAAGAGCUCAGUAGUGAAGAAGAAGAAAAAGUCUUAUUAAAUAAAGAUAAUACCAUCCGGUUUAAAAUAAUAGUUCCAAGGGCAACAAGAACUAGCGAAACACCAUGUCAAGAGCUUUUGCGAAAAAUUUUGGGAGACGUGGAUAAACUUCUUCCCUGUUGAUAUGGUUAGGUUUCCAUAGUUGGA